AAAUUAGGGAAUCGGUACGCAAUCACAAUUCUUUUGAUGAAUCCUUGUUUGCUCUUCACAGCAAUAAAACUCUCUCCCUGUAAAAAUGUUCGUAGUUUAAAAUAUAAACGCAGCGCUUUUGUCCAAUGUAUGUGUACAAAAGUAACGGGGCCUUCCACUGGUAUGAAGUCACAAAAGGGAACAGUACCACGAAAGUUCUACAUAAGGUCUGAUAAAUAUGGAGACAUGUUCCUUUCCUCUCUUUCUUCCUUGCCACGGUUGGGAACGGGCGCCUUUGUAUUAGGCUACCGUGUUGAACGUCACUCAGAAGGUUUUCGAGAGUAUUCUGAUCAACUUCCAGUUGUGAGACCUGAGAAACCUAUAGAAUUGUACGAAUUUGAAGCUUGUCCCUUUUGUAGGAAGGUCCGCGAAUCUUUAAGUAUCCUCGACCUAGACGCAAUUGUCUAUCCUUGUCCUAAAGGAGGCCUCCGCUUCAGACCAAAAGUCAAACAACUCGGAGGAAAGUUUUUGUUUCCUUACCUUGUUGAUCCUAAUACUGGAUUUGCUGGUUACGAAUCAGAUGAUAUCAUUGAAUACUUGUUUCAAACCUAUGGCAGCGGCAAAGUGCCUUUUGCGUUAUCCCGUGGCUUUAUUACGAAUAUUACCUCUUCGUUAAGUUCAGCGGUUAGACUUGGAAAGGGUGUUAUGAAGCUACCUUCCGUGGAACCUAUUCAGAAAUUGGAACUUUGGUCUUAUGAAGCGAGUCCGUUCUGUAGAUUAGUGAGAGAGGUCUUAUGCGAGUUGGAACUUCCGUAUCUGUUGCACAAUGCUGCAAGAGGUUCACCGAAACGACAAGAACUUCGACAUAUCACUGGGACGUUUCAAGUUCCUUAUUUAAUAGAUCCAAACACACAAACAAGCAUGUUCGAGUCUGCUGAAAUAAUCGAUUAUCUUUUGGCUACAUAUUCUGCGAAAGCUAGUGAGGGUGCGAAGUUCGGCAGCUCAACUACGUCCAACCCAACUGGAAGAGAAAAGGAAACUUUAUAAAUGCUUUAUAGGAUUUCAUUUUUCUUGUUUCAAGAUUUGUGUGUUUCUUGAUACAUUUUUUCAAUUUCCUU